CAUCUGCUGCUGGCUGGGGACCCUUUUCCCCCCAGUCCCCCCCAGCCCAUCCAUUCCAUCCCAUUCAUUCACAUCCCAUCCAUCCAUCCUCGCUUCCCGAAAGCGUUGCUAUCGGGGUCGCCAGCGCUCGCUUUAAGUCCUCAACCACGGCGGCAAUCUUGCCUGCGACUCUCUGUCGAUAACGGGGAAUUGUUUCCUCCCGACGACGACGACGACGACGACAACGACGUCAGCCGGGUCGACUCGCGAAGCCUGCCUGCGACUGACGAAGCGGUAGCCCGCGCCAGGCCCCUGUGGCGACUCCAGAGGCCUACGAAUCCCCAGCUGACGACGCCCACUGCCUUACGACCACGACCACGCCUGCUCGGGUUCGCCAUCCGUUGGGCCACGACAUACCUCGCUCGGCCGAGCGCUAUAACACAACCCUAUCAGCACGUCGACGACCACCCUCAUCGUCCUCGUCCUGCCCUUUCCCUCCCACCGCGCCUCUCCCUCCCCACGCAGCGACGCCUGCAUCCCCGCCACGCAACGUCGCUGCCGUGCCCAACCCUUCAUCGCCUGCGACGCCACCAGGGUAAUACCCGACUUCCGUUUUUCAACAAUGGCCGGUCGAGGUACUCCGUUCAGCCCGGAGCCGUCGUCCCGGUCCGACUACGGCGAGGAGUGGGCGCACGACCUGCGCGUCCGCUUCGAGGGCCUGUUGCGGGACAAGCGCAUGAAUGAGCUGCGCUCCUGCUCUCGCCAUCACACUCCCGAGGCUGGUCAUUCCGAUCUCGCUCAGCGAGCAUCCAGUGCCGACCUGCGUGGUCAUGCCUCGCACAGCGACUCCCGACCCGCGACCUCCCACACAUCCGCCACGACUCCUCCCUCCUACUCGUGCAUCAGACAUCUACCCAAGAUCCCGACAGCACCCGCCGCCGGCGAUCGCGACUCUCAGAAGUUCCGCAACCUGCUCAUUAGCCUGUCAUUAACACCGACCAAGUAUGAGAAUCCUGGGCUGCUGGACGAGGCACUCCAGACGAUUCCCUUGGAUCGCAUCUAUGGCGAGGCCGAGGAGGAAAGCCAGGUCCUGCAGGCCGAGGCCGAGAGCAUGGGUGAUGGCCGCAAACCUGAAUGGGGAUAUCAAGACUGUGUCAUCAGGGCACUCCUCCGAUGGUUCAAGCGGUCGUUUUUCACAUGGGUCAAUAACCCGCCCUGCCCUGUGUGCCUGUCGCCAACCAUUGCCCAAGGCAUGACGGCUCCGACGCCCGAGGAAAGCGCUUGCGGUGCUCUCCGCGUUGAACUCUACCGAUGCUCGGCUCAAAACUGCGGCGCAUACGAACGGUUCCCCCGAUACGGAGAUGUCUGGAGGCUGCUGCAGACUCGUCGAGGAAGAGUCGGAGAGUGGGCCAACUGCUUCAGCAUGUUGUGCCGUGCCGUCGGUGGAAGGGUUCGAUGGAUCUGGAACGCCGAGGACCACGUGUGGACCGAGGUGUAUUCGGAACACCAGAAGCGAUGGGUUCACGUCGACGCCUGCGAAGAGGCAUGGGACAACCCACGUCUGUACACGGAAGGCUGGGGCAAGAAGAUGUCAUAUUGUAUCGCCUUUUCGAUCGACGGAGCGACCGAUGUCACUCGACGAUAUGUCCGCAACAACGAGUCCGCCAACGAACGUAACCGAUGCCCCGAGGAGGUCAUGCUCUACGUCAUGCAGGAGAUCAAGAACAUCCGGCGUGCCAACAUGGGCAAGGAAGAACGCUUCCGACUUGAGAAGGAGGACCAAAGGGAGGACCAGGAACUGCGAGGCUAUGUCGUCGCCUCCAUCGCCCAAGCCGUCACCGACCUGGUGCCCGGCGCGUCGAGCUCCUCAGCGGGUGGCCGGUCCCACGGCACGCCCAGCCGAGAUGUCAAGAUGCCUGCCGAGCAGCCAAGCCGGCAGACUGGCUCGGCGGAAUGGAUGGCGGCCCAGCAGAAUGCUCGCAGCCGACAGUUCCAGCCACCCCGCGGGCCCGACCAGCACUAAACCAGCGGCAGCCUGGCGUGCCCCUUUUCAUGAAUAACACACGACUCUAUACGGCUACGCUACCAUGACCACCAACGACAACGGACGAUAUGUCAUCCCCGUCGAUCAUUGCUCGUGGCUCACCUUCCACGCCACGGUCGUCUAAUACUCUCAAACAACCCCACGCAUACGUCCAAGUCAAAAGCCGACCCAUGGACUUGGAAUUUCUUUGCCCUUGUCGCCCCGUUAUCAACAAGGAUGGCGGGGCCUGUAACUAUUCACGACAUUCUUCUGCUACCUUUUUUUUUUUCCAUUUGUGCUUGAAUAUAGGGGCGUCAACGGUUGGGUUGGUGGGGAGGGCCAGGUCCCUCGAGACAUGGCACCCAUGGGGGGCAAGGAAACAGGGCAUAUUCCCGCGGAAAACCCGCCUCGGCGUUUGGUGGUUGCUUUGAAUAGCAUCGAGUAAGAGAUGGAGGGGAGGACAAGGGGACGUGGCAGCUGUCAACGACUCGAGCGGAGCUAUAUAGAGACAGCGAGCAAAAGCGCUGAAUGAAGACAGCCUGGUUGUUGUUGAAGCUUUCGACUUCGUCUGCAACGAACAUCACUUUUCUUGUGUCUAGUUGUUGGCGUCUGUUGACUCCUUUGCGGGCUGCACUUGCGAUGAAAGAACCACUAGUCAAGCCCCUGAGUCUAGGGUAUCACGUCUAUAGUAGGCCUCAUCCAUCCCAUCAUGCCGCGGAAACGACCCUGAUAUUCCAAGCUGGGAC